AUGGGUCUGAAGCCCCGGCGGGCGCGCCGCCUCGCCUCGCGAAGCCCCGGCGGGCGCGCCGCCUCGCCUCGCGAAGCCCCGGCGGGCGCGCCGCCUCGCCUCGCGAAGCCCCGGCGGGCGCGCCGCCUCGCCUCGCGAAGCCCCGGCGGGCGCGCCGCCUCGCCUCGCGAAGCCCCGGCGGGCGCGCCGCCUCGCCUCGCGAAGCCCCGGCGGGCGCGCCGCCUCGCCUCGCGAAGCCCCGGCGGGCGCGCCGCCUCGCCUCGCGAAGCCCCGGCGGGCGCGCCGCCUCGCCUCGCGAAGCCCCCCCGGGCGCGCCGCCUCGCCUCGCGAAGCCCCCCCGGGCGCGCCGCCUCGCCUCGCGAAGCCCCCCCGGGCGCGCCGCCUCGCCUCGCGAAGCCCCCCCGGGCGCGCCGCCUCGCCUCGCGAAGCCCCCCCGGGCGCGCCGCCUCGCCUCGCGAAGCCCCCCCCGGGCGCGCCGCCUCGCCUCGCGAAGCCCCCCCCGGGCGCGCCGCCUCGCCUCGCGAAGCCCCCCCGGGCGCGCCGCCUCGCCUCGCGAAGCCCCCCCGGGCGCGCCGCCUCGCCUCGCGAAGCCCCCCCGGGCGCGCCGCCUCGCCUCGCGAAGCCCCCCCGGGCGCGCCGCCUCGCCUCGCGAAGCCCCCCCGGGCGCGCCGCCUCGCCUCGCGAAGCCCCCCCGGGCGCGCCGCCUCGCCUCGCGAAGCCCCCCCGGGCGCGCCGCCUCGCCUCGCGAAGCCCCCCCGGGCGCGCCGCCUCGCCUCGCGAAGCCCCCCCGGGCGCGCCGCCUCGCCUCGCGAAGCCCCCCCGGGCGCGCCGCCUCGCCUCGCGAAGCCCCCCCGGGCGCGCCGCCUCGCCUCGCGAAGCCCCCCCGGGCGCGCCGCCUCGCCUCGCGAAGCCCCCCCGGGCGCGCCGCCUCGCCUCGCGAAGCCCCCCCGGGCGCGCCGCCUCGCCUCGCGAAGCCCCCCCGGGCGCGCCGCCUCGCCUCGCGAAGCCCCCCCGGGCGCGCCGCCUCGCCUCGCGAAGCCCCCCCGGGCGCGCCGCCUCGCCUCGCGAAGCCCCCCCGGGCGCGCCGCCUCGCCUCGCGAAGCCCCCCCGGGCGCGCCGCCUCGCCUCGCGAAGCCCCCCCGGGCGCGCCGCCUCGCCUCGCGAAGCCCCCCCGGGCGCGCCGCCUCGCCUCGCGAAGCCCCCCCGGGCGCGCCGCCUCGCCUCGCGAAGCCCCCCCGGGCGCGCCGCCUCGCCUCGCGAAGCCCCCCCGGGCGCGCCGCCUCGCCUCGCGAAGCCCCCCCGGGCGCGCCGCCUCGCCUCGCGAAGCCCCCCCCGGGCGCGCCGCCUCGCCUCGCGAAGCCCCCCCGGGCGCGCCGCCUCGCCUCGCGAAGCCCCCCCGGGCGCGCCGCCUCGCCUCGCGAAGCCCCCCCGGGCGCGCCGCCUCGCCUCGCGAAGCCCCCCCGGGCGCGCCGCCUCGCCUCGCGAAGCCCCCCCGGGCGCGCCGCCUCGCCUCGCGAAGCCCCCCCGGGCGCGCCGCCUCGCCUCGCGAAGCCCCCCCGGGCGCGCCGCCUCGCCUCGCGAAGCCCCCCCGGGCGCGCCGCCUCGCCUCGCGAAGCCCCCCCGGGCGCGCCGCCUCGCCUCGCGAAGCCCCCCCGGGCGCGCCGCCUCGCCUCGCGAAGCCCCCCCGGGCGCGCCGCCUCGCCUCGCGAAGCCCCCCCGGGCGCGCCGCCUCGCCUCGCGAAGCCCCCCCGGGCGCGCCGCCUCGCCUCGCGAAGCCCCCCCGGGCGCGCCGCCUCGCCUCGCGAAGCCCCCCCGGGCGCGCCGCCUCGCCUCGCGAAGCCCCCCCGGGCGCGCCGCCUCGCCUCGCGAAGCCCCCCCGGGCGCGCCGCCUCGCCUCGCGAAGCCCCCCCGGGCGCGCCGCCUCGCCUCGCGAAGCCCCCCCGGGCGCGCCGCCUCGCCUCGCGAAGCCCCCCCGGGCGCGCCGCCUCGCCUCGCGAAGCCCCCCCGGGCGCGCCGCCUCGCCUCGCGAAGCCCCCCCGGGCGCGCCGAAGCCCCCGCCUGUUGCACCUCAGUCCGGCCCCGACCCCAUCACGCCUUAGCCCAAAUUCGCCGCACCCCGUCCCCUCCGUACCUCUGCUCUGGAGACCGCUUGCCGCCGCCGCUUCUACGCUCUGCCUUUUCCUCACAGCACCCCUCUUCUUCUCACGCACUGUGGAGAUUGCGUUUCUCACCUGUCCGCCCGCGCACCUUAUAUAG